UUAGAUUAAUAAUCAAUUUUGUUUUCUUAUCUUAACUAUCAGCUGUUUGAAUUCGGAUACGACGACCUUAUAAGCGGACCGUCAUGGUUUUUCAUGCUCGCCUUAUCGCAUUGGCCCUAUUGAGUGUAGUGGUGGACCCGGCCACUCCGGAUUGUGGCUGCAACAAGCUCAAACAAUCGGGACCGGGUCAAAAGCCUCCCUCGGAGAAAGUGAUUUUUCCUGGCCAAAAGCAUCAUCAUGAAAACCAAAAACAGGAGAGCAUGGCCCAGCUGGUAAAGCAUUCGAGAAAAAUCGAAGGGAUGAGCCUGAUCCCGGGAGGAAAGUAUCUCAUUGGAACCAACGAACCAUUUUUCAUCAGCGACCACGAAGGACCCGAAAGGGAAGUCGAAAUUAAGGCAUUCUAUCUGGAUCGUUACGAAGUUUCCAAUCGUGAGUUUGAGGAUUUUGUUGAGAAAACGAGCUACAUAACGGAGGCGGAACAGUUCGGCGAUAGUUUUGUGUUUCAAGAAUUGUUGGAUCCGAAGGUCAGGGAGCAAUAUAAGGACUUCCGAGUAGCGGCUGCCUUGUGGUGGUACAAGGUUUCCGGGGCUAGUUGGCGUUAUCCGGAAGGGGAUAAGUCCAGAGGAAUCGAACAUCGGACGGAUCAUCCGGUGGUUCACGUAACGUGGAACGAUGCCGUGGCUUACUGUAAAUGGCUGGGAAAACGACUACCGACGGAAGCGGAAUGGGAAGCUGCUUGCAGGGGUGGAAAGAAGCGGAAGUUGUUCCCAUGGGGAAACAAGCUGAUGCCGAGGGAUGAGCACUUCGUGAACAUCUGGCAAGGAGAAUUCCCAGAGAAUAAUCUAGCCGAGGAUGGAUGCGUGGGUACUUGCCCGGUGGACAAGUUCAAGCAGAAUCAGUUCGAUUUGUACAACAUCGUCGGAAACGUGUGGGAGUGGACUGCCGACUUGUGGGAUGCGAAGGAAAACGUUAAGCCGCCGAAUCGAGUGAAAAAGGGUGGAUCGUACUUGUGCCAUGAGUCGUACUGUUAUCGCUAUCGGUGUGCGGCGAGAUCUCAGAAUACGGAGGAUAGCUCUGCGGGAAAUCUGGGCUUCCGUUGCGCGGCUGACGAGGAGUGAGUCUCAUUUCCGCUCCAACUCUAUAAUGAUAUUUUACGUCAAGAUCUUGAUUAGCUUCAGUAUCUCAAAUGAACUAUGCGCAUUUUAAUUUUAAA